CUGUAAAUAUGGAGCACACCAAGACGGCGGUGCCAUGCAAGGGCUGCAGGUGGACUAACACAGGCGGCCCUCCAGCUCCUCAUGCCUUCACCCUCACCGCCAGGAUGUUGUGAUAAGAGGAGAGAAGCUGCUCUGGCUCCCAGGCAAGAGGUGAAGAGCUCCUGAAUGCCUCGGACACUUAGGACCAGAACCUUCCCCGUGCAGGUUAAUGGUCUAAUGACGCUUGGAUUCGCAGGUGCACGUCAACAGAGUGAGCUCUGCAAUGAAUCUCUCAUGUUAGAAAAGUUGCCUGCCUGUGGAAAAUCCUUUGAAGAGAUGAUGAAGAGAGUGGACUCAAAAAAGUGGUGCAACCUUACCGAAUUUAUCAUGUAUUAUGACAACUUUACCCAGUGCACAGAACGUGAAGCCAACAAUGCAAGUUGCUUUUGGCCAAACCCCCUUGCAGAAGGCUUUAUCACUGGAAUUCAUAAACAAUUCUUUUCAAACUGUACUUCAGAAAAGGUUCACUGGGAAGAUCCACCAGAUGAAAUUCUCAUAACACUGAUCUUGAUCCCGGUCUUGUUGACGUGUGCCAUGAUAACACUGGUAGUAUGGUGCAGCAAAAGAAGUGAUAUCUUAGUGUAAGUUCUUCCUCUGGGCUUUCUUUUUCUUCAUUUCUUUCUUCCCUAAACACUAAGAAAGGAGGAUAAAGAGAGGAACAUGGCAUAAAGAUUUCAGAUCUGCUGAAACAGAACCAGUGAGAUACUGAGAUGCUCCUGUGCAUGAAGAGCUGCCUGCUGCUGCUGCGACACCGCUUCUGGCUUGACCAUGAGUAUUUGCUGGUGGAAAGCUCUACUUCCAUCAAGCCUCAUCAGCAUGGAAUUCACAGGCAGCCCCAGAAACAGGAGGGUUUCCAGGCAAAUGGACCCCAUGUCUGCAAAAAGAGUAAAAUUACUUUCCUGUGGGCAAAGGUGGCUGGUAGAAUUUUCCAGAGCUCUAUGUGCGUAAUACUUACUGCGGGGGAAGUGAUCUCUCUUUAAGUUUUGUGCAGGACACUCAAGGUUUUCAUCUGUGAACUCUGUGACUUGGAGAGAUCCCUGGCACUGGAACCGAUUAUGGAUAUAACCAGGUGGCAGCUUUUCUUAGAAGCUAGUCAAAAUCAUCAUUAUCAAAACUGGGAAGUAUUGUUCUGGCAAAGAAAUAACUUCUGUGUCCAGUGACAAUCUGCACAGGGAAAUUAUCCUGCCACAUUAUAAAAUAGUUCAGAAAAUUCUUUAAGCAUGGCUGCUUGGAAUCGUAUGUCUUGCAAACAAACUUUGGGAGGAUACGUAAGUCCUACUUUACAGAGCCGGAAAAUGUGAAAGGAAAUUGGUUGAUUAUAAAUACACUAAGGAGUAAUGAAGAAACACCAGACUUUUCGUACACCAGACUCUUUAUUUUUCCUCUUUUAUAAUUAUUAUUCUUGAUGACUUGUGUUCACUGUAUACUCCCGACUCUCACUCCAAUUUGUGCAAGUGAUAUUCAACAAAUAAAUAUAAAGGUGUCAUGCUGAUUGAGGUGCCUUUCAGAGUAUUGUACAUAAAUAAUUCUUUGUCCUGUGAAGAGUAUGGGAAUUAAAGUAUGAACAUCAAAACUUGGAAUAGUAGUAGGAGGAAAGAGAAAAAUUCAACUCAGAAAUCUUAUUCUAUAAAGUUAUGUAAUAGUUGAAAUAAAGAUCAUAUGCUCAAAACAAAAGAACUACUCUGUUGCAAACCUUCUUUUCACAACAUGCCUUUCAGUUCAGUGCUCUUCUAUGACUGUGCAAUGUCUGUUACAAGUGACUUUUCAUUUUCCCAUACCUUAUGCACACAAAUAAAAUACAGUUGAAUGG